AUGCCCAGUCCUGCCCCCUGGUGCUUCUCUCCUCCUCCGUGCCUGCUGACUCUACUGCUGGGACUCACAGGAGUGUGGGGUGAGGUGCUGCGCAUGAUCCAGUCUGAGACAUCAGUGUCAGUCGCAGCUGGAGAGACAGCAACUCUGCCCUGCACUGUGACCUCCCUGCUCCCCAAGGGGCCUGUCAAGUGGUUCAAAGGCACAGGGUCAGGCUGGAAGGAAAUCUACAGUUUCACAGAUGGCCACUACCCCCGAGUAACACGUGUUUCAGACAACACAAAGAACAUGGAUUUCUCCAUCCGCAUCAGUGACAUCAUCCCAGCAGAUGCCGGUGUCUACUAUUGUGUGAAGUUCCGGAAAGGGAGUCCUGAUGUGGAGAUUAAGUCUGGACCAGGCACCCAGCUCAUUGUGCAUGGUCCAGACAUGUCUACUCCACUCCUUAUAGCUGCCCUCCUAGCUACCAAGAUGUUGCUGGUGGUUAGUGUCUCUAUCACCUAUUUGCACAAGAAACAAGGGGCCUGGCUAUACGUGCUGGUAGGGAGGGGUGAGAUGUCAAGGUCCUCUCAGAAACACACAGUGCUGAAUCCAAAAUAA